AUGAGUGAUAAUUUAUCCCGUGAUGAUUUCAGAAGAAUAUCAACCUUAUGGAGAAUUUGUCAAACAUACGAUUAUUUUUUUGUUAAAACAGUUGUAAGAGAAUACACUGACGAUAAUCCUGAGUUUUGGGAUAAUUUUGUUAAACUUGUUUAUGAACGUGGUAUACUUUGUGAAAUAUUAGGAAACGAAUUAAAAACAGAAGUAGAAUAUACAUUAUCUGAAACACAACUAUUCAGAUCAAAUAAAGGAGUGACAUAUGUCGCAGCUGCUAUGUGCAGAAGAUUAACAGAAGAUUUAUUGGUUGAAUAUAUUAAUCCUUUGUUAGAAGAAAUUAAUAGUUAUACUGAACCACUUGAAAUUGAUAAUAGUAAAGUUGGAGAUGAGAAAGCUAAAAAGAAUAUUGAAAUUGUUAUAAAUUAUGUUAAUAAAUUAUUUGAUACUGUCACUACUUUGUCAAAGAAGUUUUGUCCUGAAUUAACAUAUAUAUUUACCAAGGUUAGACUUGCUGUAAAAGAACGUUAUGGAGAUGAAGAGGCAUUAAAAAUUGUUGGAGCCUUUGUAUUCCUCCGAUUAAUUAAUCCAGUGUUAUUAACUCCAUUAAAGUUUUCUUCAAAGCUCACUAAGCCAUCACCUAGUUCUCUUAGGUCAUUAAUUAUUGUAACAAAAAUUACUCAAUCAUGUGUUAAUCAAUCAUCUACACCAUUUCAAGAAAAAUACAUGUUACCAAUCACAGAAUAUGCUCUUGGAAAAUAUUCUUUUGUAACAAAUUUAUUGGAUUCAGUUUCAAAAAAUGAGGUUAAUCCACAACACCCAUUAACCACUCUCAUUAAACCAUCAUUAUUAAAAGAAACAGGAAUGGUUAUUAUCCAAAAUUUCAAUAAAUUUGCUUCAUCUAAUUUAGAGAAGUUUAAAAGUUUUUGUGACUUCUUUAAAAGAAGGGGGCAUACACAACUCAUAGAAGAAUUUAGUUAUUUAAUUGACCCAACAGGAAAAAUUGGACAAAGCCUUGGAGUUCAAGAGAAUAAAGUACUUGGGGUUGUUCUUGAUCAACCUGAUGACCAAUGUAUUAGAAACCUUAUUCAGAGUUUUGAUAAAAUUAUUGAAGGAUACCAACAAAGGAUCUUAAAGUCAAGAGAAGAAAUUAUUGAACUUCAAACAGAUGUUAGAAAAAGAAAAGACGCUGUAGCCUCUAGAGCAAGUCAAAUAGAUGCACUAAACAAAGAGCCAAGUGGAGAUGACAAACUAUCUGUUCCACCUCAAAUGGAAAGAAAAAGAACAAUUUUUAAAAGAGGAAAUAGUUUAAAUCGUGGACAGAAUUAA